CAUUCUCAGGUCUUAUUAAACGUCUGCUACUUCAGGAUCUACUUCUGCAGGAGGGGAGACUCUGAGAGCCUCUUCUACCUUGUGUCCGUCUGAGUGUUAAUUAUGUCCCGCACUACACGACUCGUUCCGGGACUUACCUGGCUUGUGUUGUCUUUUGUCUACACCAGAAACUGUGAAAGAUGUUGACAGUGUAAGCAAAGUGUAUAAGGAACAGGUGUAGUAAAUCAGGUGUAACAGGUUUAACAGGUGUAGUAAAUCAGGUGUAACAGGUUUAACAGGUGUAGUAAAUCAGGUGUAACAGGUUUAACAGGUGUAGUAAAUCAGGUGUAACAGGUUUAACAGGUGUAGUAAAUCAGGUGUAACAGGUGUACCUUAUGGGCAUGUAUAUCGACAAGCGCAACAACAUGGCAUCCCCAUUCCCCAACUCCUCUAUAUUGGAGAAGGUCCUCGGGGCCACUCACCACCACAAUCACCAUCACCAACACCACCAACAACAGCUCCUCGAGUCACCAUCGUGGCAGGAGGCCUCUGCUGCCGUCGCCGCCACCGCCUCCUUGGAAGACCCAAUCAUCGAACUCAAAUACCAAGAGAACUACGACAGCGCCUACAUCAGCUCCUCCGACUACCUGGAGCUGCUACAACAACAACAGUACUACCAGGGGGCAGAGUUCAACUUCAGCUGGGGCAUGAUGAUGAACUCCACCAACGGUACCAACAUGACCUCCUCCAUAUCAGAGGAUCUCACCCACAUCAACAUGACACAACUCAUAGCCUACUCCCUUCUCUUCCCCUUCGCCGCCAUCGGGAACUUGAUGGUCUUCGUGGCGCUGUUCCGCAACCGACACAGAAAAUCCCGCGUGAACAUGAUGAUAAUGCAUCUGUCACUAGCAGACAUGAUCGUCACCUUCGUCUUCCUGCCCACUGAGAUCACCUGGCACGUCACCAUCGAGUGGGUCUUCGGUAACUUCGGCUGUAAAGUGUACAAGUUCUUUUCCGCCUUCGGGUUCUACAUGUCAUCGAUGGUGCUGGUGUGCAUCAGCCUAGACAGGUACUUCGCCGUCCUACAUCCUCUCAAGGUCAAUGAUGCACAGAGGCGGGGCAAGAUAAUGCUCUUCUUCGCCUGGCUCAUCUCAGCGGUCAUCUCCCUCCCUCAGAGCGUCAUCUUCAACGUGCAGCCACACCCCGACUACCCAGAAUUCUACCAAUGUGUCACCUUCGGAUUCUUUAAUGCCAACAACAGCGGCCAGAUGAUGUAUACGAUAUUCUGCAUCUCUUUUGUAGUAAAGGCUCCUGCUGCUCCCAGCUUCAUUAUAAAGGCCCUAGGCUCCAGCAUAAAGGCUCCUGGUCACUAUAAAGGCCCUAGGCCCAGUAUAAAGGCCCUAGGCUCCAGCAUGUGUGCCCCAGGCUUCAUUAUAAAGGCCCUAGGCUUCAUUAUAAAGGCUCCUAGGCACCAGUAUAAAGGCCCUAGGCUCCAUUAUAAAGGCUCCCAGUCCAGCAUAAAGGCCCUAGGCUCCAACGACUACACGAGGGAGGAGCGCUACCACGGUCGACUACAGCUCCGACGCAGCAACAUGUCCAACAUCGAGAGAGCCAGGACCAGGACGCUAAGAAUGACGUUUAUCAUCGUCAUGGCCUUCAUCUGUUGACGCCCUACGCCUGCUACACUCUGGAACUUCAUCGACCCCAAGACCUUCUACAGUAUGAACAAACACCUCCAAGAUAUCCUGUUCAUUAUAGGCGUGAGUAACUCCGUCGUCAACCCUAUCAUCUACGGCCGCUACUCCAUCAGUUGUUGUCGAGACGUAUGGACCAAAUCUGGUGAAUUCUGCUGUUACUGCUGCUGGUGUUGGUGUUGUUCCUGUGCUUCCCACCAGCGCCUCGGCUCUGUACCCCCUACUAACAUUAACUCCUGUAAGAGUAAUGGCCACUGUCACGGUAUGUACCUGAUGUGA